AUGGGUCCAAGGGAGCAGGUCAGAUGGUUCACAGAGAAAGACGUACCUGAUCUCUCAGGCAAGGUCGUACUCGUAACUGGCGGCAACCGAGGACUGGGAAAAGAAGUCGUGCUGGCAAUUGCGAAGAAAAAUCCCCAACAGAUAUUUAUGACCGUACGCAACCUUAAACGGUCUCAAGCAGCAGUCGAAGAUAUCAAAUCUCAUGCUCCGGGAGCAAAAAUCACCCUUCUGCAAUGUGACUUGUCAUCACUCGCUACGGUUCGAAAGGCAGCAGAAGAAUUUCGCAGCCAAGCGUCUCGUUUAGAUAUUGUGAUAUGCAGUGCUGGAGUAAUGACCGUACCUCCAAGCUUGUCAGAAGAUGGGUACGAAAUUCAAUUCGGAACGAAUCACCUUGGCCAUGCACUGCUGGUCAAGUCGGUUUUGCCUGUCUUGCUGCAUACUGCCAAACAGCCGGGAAGUGACGUGCGCUUUGUUGUAUUCACCUCACAGGGUUACAUGAUGCAUCCAUCUGGUGGAAUUUUAUUUGACCAGCUUCGUACGAAACAAGACAACUUGUGGCUAGCUCGAUACCAACUUUACGGUCAAAGCAAACUUGCCAACGUCCUUUACGCUGCACAACUCGCGGAAAGAUAUCCGCAGAUAACUUCCGUGUCCGUUCAUCCUGGUAUUGUUGAAACAGAACUUAUGACCGGUCAAUCAUUACCCGACAGAAUGUUUCUCAGAGUUACGACCCUUGGUAAGACGAUCACCCCCGAAGAAGGAGCCAAGAACGCGCUCUGGGCCGCGACUACGGACAAAGUCAACAUAAAGAAUGGGUCGUACUAUGAGCCGGUGGGCAAUCGGCAAGAUGUUCAACGAUGGGCGAAGGAUCAGGACUUGGGACGGAAGCUAUGGGAAUGGACGGAGACAGAACUUGAGCCUUAUGUGAUCCAGGACAAAUGGAGUUGA